GACCGGGACCACGUCCACGUGAACCACAGUGGCAUCAAGGUCGCCCAUGCUGUGAGGUUGGGUUACAUCGCCUGAAGUGUUCAACAGAUAAAGUUCUAAAGGAAAAACUACGUGGCCGGAGGCGGGGAGGAAGCCGACAAGUGGCGCCCGAACAGGGACCUGAAAGAUGGUCAAAACUCGGGGCAGAGAGCCUCUGAUCAGAGGCACUUGCAAUUCAAGGGCGGGAAAAAGCUCCGAAGAUCGUUGAUCCGAGGACCAACGCUUGAUCUGGCUGCCUAGAAAGCGGAUCAAGAUACGCUAUAAAGAGGAACUCCCAGCAACAUCGCCAUCUGAGAUGGCUGUCCCAGGCAAUGUCCCUCAACCGGUUCUGUCACUGGAGUGAGGAUCCCUACAUGAUAAUGAAGUUUUUGAUUCUAAUCUCUAUACACAUACACAAAGCCCAGGCCUGUACUAUUACUGCUAGUAUUAGCAGUCCUCCGUACUUCGGCCGGGGAGUAGUACUUCACUGUAUCUCCACUUGUUCAACUCCUGUAGGCCCGGAUUUGGAAAAAGGAUGGUAAUGAAAUAUAUAGACAGAAAGAUGGAGGAAAACUUGGUUGAGAUAAUGCUACUGAUCAGUCUAAAAGAGACAAUACCCGCUAUGAUAUUUAUAAAACAGUUUUAACCCGGAAUGAUAUUGGCAAUUAUUCUCGUGAAAAAUUCCAGAAGGGAAGCCCUGAUCAAAUAUAUAAAAGUAGUUAUAUUUAUUUGAAUAUUUCACUAACCCCAAGGAAUGAGUAUUCUUCACCCAAUAUGUGGUUGCAGUUGGCUAAUCAAGGGCUUAAUAAGACAUCUUUUUGUAUAGCAGGUGAUUCCUCUAUUAGUGGAAUCUUAAGGAAGAAUUUGAUAGGCAUAGGACUCCCUUUUUCAGUGUUUACUAAUAUUUCUGGAAUAAAUAGUACUUUAGCCCCCAAGGUUAUUACUCGAGAAAUUCAAUUGAAUUUUCCAGUUAGCGCCACUAUAGUUUCUAGUUGUAUAUGUAUCAAUUGUACUAAUAUACCUUCUUACUGUAAUUCUACUAUUCAUGUAAAAUGGCCAUAUGGAUAUAGACUCCCAAAUGGCUGGGUGUUUCUGUGUGAUAACAAAACCUAUCAAGCCUUUUCCUCACAUUAUCAAGGCAUCUGUGGUGUAGGAUGUAUUCUCCCAGCCCUUAUAGAUCAUCCUGGAUUUAAACACCGAAGAGUGACCCGAGCCCUGCCUCCAGAUUGUGACGACAACUUGAAAUUGUUGGACCCCGUUGCUGUUGCAGUCGCAUCUGUGUUUGUAUUGCCUGUACCAGGACUCGUUGUAGGAAUGCAGAAGGAAAUAUCUAAGCUGGCCUGUGCCUACAGCAAGACUGCAGAUCUGACUGCUUCCAUACUGUCAGAAGUUAAUCAGGAACUUGGAGAAGUUCGAGUGGCAGUGCUUCAGAAUAGUGCUACCAUGGACUAUUUGUUGCUGAAAGAACAUUUGGGCUAUGAACAAUUUCCUGGAAUGUGUUGUUUCAAUAUAUCUGAUUUUUCACAGACAAUUCAAAAUCAGUUGGAUGAUAUUCACCAUAUUAUUGAUAAGUUUUCACAAUUACUUGGAUUACCUGAUCUGUUCUGUUGGUGUCACUGGCUAUGGCCAAUACUUGUGGGCCUCCUUCUUUUAUGCAUUUGCCUUCCCGUUUUAGUAACAUGGGUGCACCAUCUGAUUGCUGGCUUAACAAAGCCCAUUCAUGCAUAUGCUAUAUUUCAAGAAGUCAUGGCAAAAAAUUAAUAAUUGCAUGUUAUCUUAUUGAGAGUCCAUGUGACAGAUCACAUAUAUUUUUUAAUUCCGCAGCAAUUAAGGGGAUGACGAAGUGUUUGCAAAAAUCUUUCGUACGCCUCUUUGCUCUAUCGCAUUUACUCCCUGUACGGCCCCAAGAGAUGACUGGCUAGCCAGAGAUGGAUAAGAUUCCUCAUGGGAGGAACAACCUAAGACAGGCACAGUCGCGGGAGCCAACAGGUCGAGAGAUGAGGGGGUCAACUGAGGCGUGGCUUAGCACCUCGCCCCCCUGACGAGGCAUUUCUUGUCGCCCCUUUUCUUUACCAAGCUGCGGUGGAAUAACUGACUUCUCUUCCUUUUUAAUUUAAAAACAGGGGAAAUGUAGGUUGCCAUCCAUAGAUCAUUCUGUUUCUAUGGGAGUUGUUUGCCUUCCUUGUUAUCUGUGGUGCAUGCUGCAGCUCACUAAAUCUAAACCGAGAUCUGUUUCUUGUUAUUUGUACCCCCUUAUUGCCUGGCAACAGGGAGGACUUGCCCCAGCGACCUGGGGGCAAUUAUAUUCCUGGAGUAAAGCAUGUUAAUCUUUGUGUCUAGAAACUUGUUAACCCACUCAAGAAUGUGAUGCCUGAUCAAUAAAUAUGAGAGGUGCCUUUCCAGCACCACUCUUGAGCUGGUAUGCCUUGAGUCCCCUGGCUGGCCCACUCAGGUCUUCGAUAACUCAUUGCAUCGCCUCCUUUACCUGCGGGUCGGAGACGGGGAGGAGGCCGACAUCCACUUCAUUCCUUUCCAUGACUGAAUAAUAUUACAUUGUAUGGAUACACUACAUUCUGUUUAUCCACUCACCAGUUGAUGGACAUUUGGGUUGUUUCCAUUGAAAAAUACUACUAUGAAUAUUGUGUAUACAAGUUUUUGAAUAUGUAUGUUUUCUAUUCCUUUGGAUAUAUACCUAAGAGUGGAGUUGCUGGGUAUAGUAUGGUAUAGUGCAGCAACUCUAUGUUUGACUUUUUGGUACAGCAAAGUUAAACUUACAACCUGGCAAUUCCACUCCUGCCAUUUAUUUAUGUAAAAUUUCUAGAAAAGGCAUAUCCAUAGAGACAAAAAGCUGAUCAGUGGUUGCUUGAGCUGAGUGAGGAAGCCAGGAUUGACUGCAAAUAGACAUGAAGAAAUUUUUAUAGGAAUGGAACUGUUCUUAAAGUGGAGUAGGUGAUGGCUGCAGAAUUUUGUACAUUAACUAAAUCAUUGAACUAUAGACUUACAAUGAGUGAAUUUUAUUGCAUGUAAAUUACACCUCAAUAAACCUGCUAUAAAAUGCUAAAACAAAAAACCAAAAGCUUUAAUGUAGCUUAGAAGAC